AUGGCGACGGGAGAUUCUCAAGACAUCCCAAUGGGAUCGCCUCCCGAACCGCCUGCUGAAGUAGACCGAGAGCCCAAAUACGGUGGCUAUUCACGAUUCGAGGUUGAGCUUGAGUUUGUUCAGUCCCUCGCCAACCCGGCCUACCUCAACCACCUUGCCUCCCAGAAGCUUCUCAGCCAACCCGCCUUUGUCGCAUAUCUUGGCUACCUACAAUACUGGAGCAAACCGCCGUAUCUCAAAUACCUAACGUACCCCGGCCCGACACUACGACAUCUCGAGCUCCUCCAGCAGGAGACGUUCCGACAACAAAUCAUCAGCCCUGAUGUCGUGAGGGCACUGAUGGAGGAGGGCAUGAAGGCAUCAGACGAUACGAAAGGCACGAGUAACAACAAGAGGAAUCAGGAUGAAGCUGUGAAUGAAAGCAUGCCUGAUACCCCGCGAAAGCGAAAAACCCCACGCAAGAAAAAGAAGCAUUCCGCCAUCAAGGACAGUGCGACGCCUGUUGGAACAGAUUCUUAA